UGUUGCGACCUGCCAGUGGAGAGAGACAGAAGGCCCUGAAAGCUUAUAAAUUUAUAGACGAUGAAAGCAGGCGUUUUGGAUCUCCGUUUCAUUUUAUAGACACUCUUAUCGUCUCUCUCACGAUGAUUAUAGAGAAUGUGGACGCCCUAAAGUCGUGGCUGGCAAAACUACUGGAACCAAUAUGUGAUGCUGAUCCCUCAGCAUUAGCCAAUUAUGUUGUGGCUCUGGUGAAGAAGGACAAACCGGAGAAGGAACUUAAAGCGCUGUGUGCCGAUCAGCUGGACGUCUUCCUACAAAAAGAGACCGGAGGUUUUGUGGAUAAACUUUUUGAAUGCCUGACAAACAAGAACUACCAGGGGAACCCCGUUGCCAAGGAAGCUCCUAAAGAGGAGGUCAUCCUUCCUGCAGCCAAAUCAGAUACUGCGGAAGUAGAGGCUCCAGAGGAGGAGAGAGAAAACAGGAGGAGGAGAAGUCCUCUGAGGAACCGCUCUGACUUCAACGAGUCCAGGAGUCGCGAUGACAGGAGGAGGGACGAGCGCAAGAGACGGGACUUUGAUCGGCACGGGAAAAGCAGCGGCGGCGGCGGCGACUCCCAUCGCGAGCGGGAGCGGCAUGAGCGCCGCAGGGGGAGCUCCCGCGGGAGGAGCUACAGCAGGAGCCGAAGCCGGAGCAGAAGUGGCAGUCGGGGAAAGAGCAGGGGGCGAGACUUCAAGUCCAAGUUUGAAGGGGAGAGGAAGGAUGCGGACGGCUACAAGUCGUCCAACACCGGUGGCUCCCAGCAGCCCCAGCAGCUCACUUCGCCUCUCCUGCACCCCUUCUCGUCCACAGCAGGCGGCCCGUCGGGGCACGGCGGCCUUCCCGUGGCAACACUGGCGCACAUGCCCGACGGAACCACAGACAGCUGGUCUGGCUACUAUGGCACAAAGAGGCAAGACGUCGUCGGCAAGCCAUUCAGCAAUAAGAACCUUCCACGCAAACAGCGGUGCAGGGAUUACGACGAAAAGGGAUUCUGCGUUCGCGGCGACCUUUGCCUGUUUGAUCACGGCAACGACCCCCUCAUCGUGGACGACGUGAGCCUACCGAACAUAAUCCCUUUCCCCCCACCCCCUGUGAUGCCCCCCGCCGGCCUACCCAUGCCGCCGCCACCCAUCACUGAGCCGCCCCCCUCCAUCAGGAUACCUCCGCCGCCAAUGCCGCCAUACGGUCAGCCCCCACCACCCAGCGUCUUCUCAUUGACCGGACCUCCACUGAUAACAACCAGUGGAAUCGAAACCCCCAACCACCAAUCCGCAAUAACGUCAUCGCCCCCUAUUGGACCGCCUGGAGUGGGAUUGCCGCCUAAUCUUCCUCUGCCUCCUCCUCCGCCGCCUCCCUCCUCAUCAUCGGUGUCACUCCGCCCGAGAUAUGCCCAGUCUGAAUACAACUACGACCCAGAGGGCUAUAACCCAGAAUCACCAGGAAUGACCGGGGCGGGUCGCAACCAGUAUCGGCAGUUCAUCCCCCGAGUGCAAACGCAGCGCUCCAACCUCAUCGGCCUCACAUCCAACGAGGGGCAAGGCUGCAGAGCUGCCAACAUUGUGAUCCAGACGGAGCCCGCCACUACUGCCAGCACACCAGGAAGUUUCAACACAGAGCAGCAUAACAGGAAGAGGACCCUGGGCUGCAUGAUAGCUGAGGGGCCAAUCGUUAAAAAACCGUGGAUGCAGAAGCCAAACUUUAACCACCAGCACAAGGGUGGCUUCCCGAAGAGGAAUUUCCACGUGAACACCAAGCUGGAGGUGCGCAAUAUCCCGCCCGACCUCAACACCAUCACAAAACUCAACGAGCACUUCAGCAAAUUUGGGACCAUCGUGAACAUUCAGGUGGUAUUUGGCGGCGACCCUGAGGCGGCGUUGAUCCAGUUCACGACCAACGAGGAAGCCAGACGGGCCAUGUACUGCGUGGAGGCCGUGCUCAAUAACCGCUUCAUCAACAUGCGCUGGCACCGCAAGUCCAGCAUGCUAGGGGUUCACCCGCUGGAGCAGAUCUCGGGGAGCACGGUGGCAGGGCCCCAGCAGGGGAUCAAGCAGCACAACCCUGCCGCGUACGUCUUGAACAAGCAUCGCUCACCAGUAGCAGUCGGCGCCACGAGCACCCCUGACAACCCGAACCCCAUCACGGAAGCUGCCAACGUGGCGCCGGCGCCGGCUCCGACAAACACCCAGAAGGGCCCCUCUUACGCUUCCAACCCGCUCAAGUUGUCCUCCAAGUGCCUCGGGAAAACGGCAAAAGCACUGGAAGCGCAGGAAGCCCUUAAAAAGAAACAGGAGGCGUUAAAACUUCAGAACGACUUGCGAAAGAAGAAACAAGAAAUGUUGAAGACACAGAUUGAAUGUCAGAAGGCACUGAUUAACCGUCUGGAGAAAAACCGAGGCAUGAAACCCGAGGAACGAGCCAACAUCAUGAAAACCCUGAAGGAGCUCACCGAAAAGAUAGACCAGCUCCAGAACGAAAUGAAUCCAGCCUCCCAGGCGCCCAAAGCCAACCACAACCAGCCCAAGACCAAAACCGACGCCCAGAAGGAGCUGCUGGAUGCUGAGCUGGACUUCCAUAAGAAGAUGAGCUCUGGUGAAGACACGACAGACCUCAAGAGGAAGCUGGGGAUGCUACAGAAGGAGGCAACACAACUUGGCAUCCUACGAUCCCCGACGGGUCAAGGCCGCGGCCGAGGGCGAGGCAAGACGCCGCCGGAAGCCGGCACCGCACACAUGGGUCGCGCCAGGGGCCGCAGCCGUGACAUGCCAGGGCGCGGCGGCAGCGGCGCCGUCAACCGCAUGGUGGUAGACCACCGCCCCAGAGCCCUGUCUAUCGUGGGGGUCACCCAGGAGGAGAAGGAGGAGCUCAUGCAGCACUUUGUGAAUUUUGGCGACAUCGAGGAUCUCCGCGACCACGACGCCGCCGGCGUCAUUGUGACCUUUAAGACUCGGAGUGAAGCCGAGAAUGCUGCCAACCAGGGAGCGAAGUUCAAGGAUCGCGUGUUGCAGAUUUCCUGGUACAAGCCCAAGACGCCCUCCGUCACCACGGAACCGGAGGAAGAGGAGCCCAAAGACGAUGACAACACGCAGAAGGAAGGAAGCUCCUACUUGCCCGGCGAGGAGGAAGAAGAGGAAGAGGACGACGACGAGGACGACAAGUACGAAAGCCGAUCUUGGCGACGAUGAACCAGCAAGAAAAAUCCGACCCAAGAGGACUUUUGACCCCCACGCGCCCCCACCCACCCCCACGCCCUUUCCCAGUAUUUUCAAACAAGUCACUUUGACGACUAACAAGAAGUCUUCUCUUUCCUUUUCGAGCGUUUUUUUUUUUUUCGAGGGUUCCCUCCACUCGACCUCUCACUUUUGCUGAGAAACGUGUUCUUAGAGAUAAACGUAGAAACAAAAUAC